CGAUUUACUCAACAAUAGAUUGGUGGUAGUAGCUGUGCAGGAAGGUGAUUUCUCGAUCUAAUCUCGGUUCUACCUUGUCUAGCAGGGUAGUUUACUUGUAGUUCUCGGCGUCAUGUCUGACCCCUCAUUGGGUGCCCCUGAUGGCAUAAACAACAAAAGAAAGCGCGACAGCACUGAUAGCACUGGGCCUGAUGCUCAGCGCUUGAACAGGUCUUCUAACGGCAGUAACGGCAGUAUUCCAGGUCCAGAUACCCAACCUAAUUUCGGUCAUAGCUCUCUUGGAUCUUAUGAUGCUCAUGGUCUCCCUGGCGCGGCGGAGCUGAACAUUGACCAGCAAAUCCUUCAGCAUGUUGGUCCGCAGAAUGGCAUCUCGGACGAGAGUGCCCUAACGGCGAAAGCUGCUUUGGCCGCCCACCAACCUCAGAACAAAUACCCACCUCCCCCUGAUGCGACAUUCGACAACAACCUUGCCCAUGGGCUAACGUUCGGAGAUGAAAUGGGACAAGCUAUAGGUGGAGCUCAUGGACACAAUUCUACCGCCGCUGCUGUCUAUGCCGCGCGCGAGGCACAAAGCAUGAACCAAAAGCCAUCGGUUGGAUCUCCAGAAUGGCAUCAAAUUCGUAAGAACAACCACAAAGAAGUGGAACGUCGACGCCGUGAGGCAAUCAAUGAGGGCAUCAAUCAGAUUGCUCGUCUUGUUCCAAAUUGCGACAAGAACAAGGGUGCUAUAUUGCAGCGCGCGAUCGAGUACAUCUGUCAGCUUCAUGACGAAAAGAAGGCGAUGAGCGAGCGGUGGGAGCAGAAUAACAUGACCACAAGUCAUGCCAUCAACGAGAUCAGUGCUCAGAACUCCAAAUUAAAAGUUGAAGUCAAUCGCCGUGGAGACAUUGCGCUCAAGUGGUUGCAACGCUGUCGCGACGCAGGCCUUGACUUCGACGAUUACGAGGAGGCCAAGGAGCUGGAGCCUCUAGAGGUUGAUCAGGGCCAGGUUUGAUAUCCGGUUCACUUCUCUUUGCUGCGUAUACAUCAGUCGCGAGACUUCCCUUCUGCGAUGAUCUUCGUUUCAUUCUAAACGUGCCACGACUUAUUUCUUU